CUGACUUGAGUAAACCAAUAGAUAAAAGGAUUUACAAAGGAACACAGCCUACUUGUCAUGACUUCAACCACCUAACAGCCACAGCAGAAAGUGUCUCUCUCCUAGUGGGCUUUUCCGCAGGCCAAGUCCAGCUUAUAGACCCAAUCAAAAAAGAAACUAGCAAACUAUUUAAUGAGGAAAGACUGAUAGACAAGUCACGAGUGACGUGUGUCAGAUGGGUGCCUGGCUCCGAGAGCCUUUUCCUGGUCGCUCACUCGAGCGGAAGCAUGUACCUGUAUAACGUGGAGCACACUUGUGGCACCACGGCCCCGCACUAUCAGCUCCUGAAGCAGGGCGAGAGCUUCGCCGUGCAUACCUGCAAGAGCAAAUCCACCCGGAACCCUCUCCUCAAGUGGACGGUGGGCGAGGGGGCCCUCAACGAGUUUGCUUUCUCCCCAGAUGGCAAGUUCUUGGCAUGUGUGAGCCAGGACGGGUUUCUGCGGGUGUUUAACUUUGACUCGGUGGAGCUGCACGGUACGAUGAAGAGCUACUUUGGGGGCUUGCUCUGUGUGUGCUGGAGCCCCGACGGCAAGUACAUCGUGACGGGUGGAGAGGAUGACCUGGUGACGGUCUGGUCUUUCGUCGACUGCCGCGUGAUAGCGAGAGGCCAUGGGCACAAGUCCUGGGUCAGCGUCGUGGCGUUUGACCCCUAUACCACUAGUGUAGAAGAGAGUGACCCUAUGGAGUUUAGUGGCAGUGAUGAGGACUUCCAAGACCUCCUUCAUUUCGGCCGAGACCGAGCAAACAGCACACAGUCUCGGUUGUCCAAACGGAACUCUACGGACAGCCGCCCUGUGAGCGUGACGUAUCGGUUUGGCUCCGUGGGCCAGGACACACAGCUCUGUUUAUGGGACCUGACAGAAGAUAUCCUUUUUCCCCACCAGCCCCUCUCAAGAGCAAGGACACACACAAAUGUCAUGAAUGCCACGAGUCCCCCCACCGGCAGCAAUGGGAACAGUGUCACGACACCUGGGAACUCCGUGCCCCCCCCUCUCCCACGGUCCAAUAGCCUCCCCCACUCGGCGGUCUCCAGUGCCGGCAGCAAAAGCAGCGUCAUGGACGGGGCCAUUGCCUCCGGGGUCAGCAAGUUUGCGACCCUCUCGCUGCACGACCGGAAGGAGAGACACCACGAGAAAGACCACAAGCGCAACCACAGCAUGGGGCACAUUUCCAGCAAGAGCAGCGACAAACUGAACCUAGUUACCAAAACCAGAACGGACCCCGCUAAAACCCUGGGCACGCCUCUGUGUCCGCGAAUGGAAGAGGUGCCCUUGUUAGAGCCGCUGAUCUGUAAAAAGAUCGCACACGAGAGACUGACUGUGCUAAUCUUUCUUGAAGACUGUGUAGUCACUGCCUGUCAGGAGGGAUUUAUUUGCACAUGGGGAAGGCCUGGUAAAGUGGUAAGUUUCAAUCCUUAAUGCUGUGCCAGAGCUAGAUGUCCGCUGGGCAGUGAUCUCCCCUUGUGGGCGGGCGGGGUGUACAAUGAAUGUGAAUGACACUUGUUAUUCUUAAUGUAAAUCUAAAUGCAUCAGAGCCAUAAUUUUGGAUACUGCAUGCCAUGUACUUCCGAAUCAUUUGAUAAUUCACCGUAGAGCGUUUUAAAAAGAAAAUAUAUAUAAUCAAACUAAUUGCCAGCCAAGCCAGCCACCCUCCUGGGAGUAUAUAGCGUCCCAAGGUUAGUGCUCCUGUAUUAGACUUUCAGUUUAGCAGAAUCAUGGCAGUGUGGGGAACAAGGACUUCAAACGCUAAAUUACAGUUUCUGCUUUACCUGGACCCUUCUGCUCACCUCCUCAAUUAGACUGUUGUCCCCCGGAUUGGGGCUGUGUCCGGUCCAGGUGGCCGCUCCUCGUCACUGAUCGUCCCGUUUUUUAUCUUAAUCAUCCAGUGUUUAGGAAUCUAUGAAAUUUCACUCUCGGAAUGAAGCAUUCAGCAGGGGUGAUUGACAUUAUUUUUACAUUGUUCUGGCAAUCCACAGAAAGAGAAGAGCCUUAAUUUUUAAAACCCAUUUUAGUCAUUUUAUGACAAUUACAAUUGUUUAAUAAACAUCUUUUUUCAAAGAAGCA